AUGGAUGAUCUUCGACAAUCUCAAACAGAAAAACUUCAAGAGGCAUUAGAUAUGGGAGAAAUUGAUACUGGCAAGGGCUUAAAUCAAGAACUUGAUCUAGCUAGAGCUGCUGAUACUCGUUGGGGGUCGCACUAUAAAUCUUUUAAGAACUUUAUUAAUAUGUUUGGCUCUAUUAUUGAUGUUCUAGAUACUAUCGUUGUUGAUGCACGGUCUUUAGAAGAAAGAUCUAAGGCAACAGGAUAUCUUAGAACAUGUCAAACAUUUGAGGUUUCUUUCACAUUACACUUAAUAAGAGAUGUUUUGGUGAUCACAAAUGAGCUUAAUGCAUCCUUACAGAAGAAAGAACAGGAUAUUGCAAAUGUUGUUCUACUUAUUGAUGUGGCAAGGAAACGAUUGCAAAGGCUAAGGGAUGAAGGAUGGGAUCCACUUAUUGAUGUCUCCAUUUUAUCUCGACGCAAAGUUGCAGAGCAUACCAUUUCACAUCAUUGUCGUGUUAAUGUAUUUAUUAAGAUUAUUGAUUGGCAACUUCAUGAACUCAAGAAGCGUUUUAAUGAGGAGACAACAUAUUUGCUUAUGGGAGUCGCUUGCUUGAAUCCAGUUGGCUCAUUUUCUAGUUUUGACAUCAAGAAGAUAUUGAGAAUGGCUGAAUUAUAUCCUGAUGAUUUUGAUGAAAAUAUUAUGAUUACUUUUGAGAAUCAACUUGCGACUUAUAUCGUUGAUGUCUAUGAUAUUGAUGAAAGGUUCUCUAAUUUAAAAGGACUUGGUGAUCUUUCUGAAAAGCUAGUUAAGACAAAGAAGCAUUUGAAUUAUCUAUUUGUGUUUUGCCUAGUGAAAUUUACAUUGCUCCUGUCAGUUGCCACUGCUACAGUUGAAAGAGUUUUUUCCGCAAUGAAGUUGAUCAAGAGUGAAUUGCGAAAUCGAAUGAAUGAUGAAUUUAUGAGUGGUUGUUUGGUGCCUUAUGUAGAAAGAGAAAUGUUUAAUAGUGUUUCUGAUGAAACAAUUAUGAAUAGCUCAAUCACAUCUGGAACCUGCUAUUCAGCUGGAGCAACUGGUGGAUCUAAAAGUGUUGCGCUAGCUACUGUACAAGUUGCACCUCGUCCUAUACCGCGGCCUCGGUCUCUUAUGGCCCUAGCUGGUGGUACUGGUAGCCGUCUGCCUGAUCUAGUAGCACGUGUCCUCACCAUCUGUGAGAGAAUAGAAUGA